AUGUCCUCCAUCACUCUCUCAGACCUCGAAUUCAUAGACCGCGAAACCCUCGCCUCAACUUUUACUCCUUCCACCUCCGAAGCCACAGACGCGCAACCCAAACGCAGCCUCCUUGGCUCCACAGCCAUCAUCGACGUGCGUGACAGCGACCACAUCGGCGGCCACAUCCGAGGCUCCACAUGGGUUCCCUCUAGCGAUCUCGACUUCAAGCUGCCCGAACUGCUGCGUACGCUACAAGACAAGGAGACUGUGGUGUUCCAUUGUGCGUUGAGCCAGCAGCGGGGACCUAGUGCUGCGUUGAGGUAUUUGAGGGAGAAGGAGAGGGUGGAAGGAAGUGGGGGUGUGGAGUCGAAGGGAGAAGUGAAGGAGGAAGGGGAAGGAGUGGAGAAGAAAGAGGGAAAUGAGAAGGAAGGAGGAAAGAAGCAGAAAGUAGUGGUACUUAAAGGUGGAUUUACAGAGUGGCAGGAGAAAUAUGGGACGGAUGAGGAACUGACGGAGGGGUAUAGGAAGGAUGUUUGGGAGUUUGGGUCGUAA